AUGCUCCAUGAUCCACGUACGUAUUCCAAGGAUUAUUCGGUCAAGGAAGUCAAGGAAGUCAAGGAAGUCAAGGAAGCCAUUGAACGCAUCCACCCCAAAUACCUACUGCAUAAAUCACAAACAACGCCAACGCCUUUUCUGCUACGCCCUGUUUUUUGUUUAAUUCCUCGCAAAUUCGCAACCUCCGAAGAAAGUUCAAACCCCAUCUGGAUUUCGGAUUCCUGA